AUGAGUCAUUCUAUGAGCAGUCCCAGGAACAUUCAAUUAGUGUUUGAAACGUACCAGAAGGCACGUCUGGUAUUUGUUCAAUCAAUGGCGGAGUUAGCAACAAGAGCUACCAACGUGAAAUGUUUAGAGAGCGCUGGAGUUUUAGAGCUGUUAAGGCCUCUGUUGUCGGAUGCAUGCAGUACGGUGCGACAAUGCGCAGUGGUAGCAGCCGCUCGAUUAGCAGAACACGACGAGGCAGUUGCUCGACAAAUGCUCAACGGCGGCAUGGUUUCUACAACGCUCGAGAACCUCAACAAAUAUAAUAUCUAUUAUAAACGGUCAGCGCUAUAUCUAAUGAGAGCAGUUGCCAAGCAUAACGAAGAAUUAGCGUCUACCAUUGUUCGCCACGGCGCGCUUGAGCACAUAGUAUCAUGUCUAGAAGAUUUCGAUACACAGGUAAAAGAGAAUGCGGCAUGGGCACUAGGUUACAUAGCAAAGCACAGCGAACAAUUGGCAGGGUUGGUUGUAGAUGCGGGGACCUUACCUUUGCUAGUGUUAGCCUUCCAAGAACCAGAAAUGAGCUUGAAGCAGAUUUCAGCGGGUGCACUGGUCGAUAUCGCACAACAUAAACCGGAAGCCGUCGUGGAUGCGGGAGCGAUAUGUCACUUAGUUCGCGGCUUAGAAAAUCAAGAUCCUAAACUAAAGCGCAGCACACUGUGUGCGCUGGGCGCGGUGGCGGGUGCGCGCUGCGAGCUGGCGGAGGCAGUGGUUGCGGGCGGCGCGCUGCCCCCCGCGCUCCUGCACGCCGGCCACGACGCAGCACCCGUGCGCCGCGCUGCCGCGUGUCUGCUGAGGGAUAUCGUCAAGCACUCCGUUGAUCUGGCACAACUGGUAGUGAAUACGGGUGGUUGUGGCCCUCUAGUGGAACUGUUGUCGGAGACUACCGGAGGCACGCGCGUGCCAGCGUGCAUGGCGCUCGGAUUCAUCGCCGGGCAGUCGGAUCAACUCGCCAUGGCUGUCGUUGAAGCUAAGGCUAUCCCCAGUUUGGUGGAGAUCUUGCAAAAUCUAGAUGCAGAGGAUGCGGAGAUUUGUGCCGCGGCGUGGACCCUAGGACACAUCGCCAAGCACUCGCCGCAGCACAGUCUUGCCAUCGCCGUCUCCAAUGCUCUGCCUAGAUUGUUGCAGUUGUAUACGGACCCAAAAUCAUCAGGAGAAGUGCGGGCCAGGACAUCAUGUGCCCUGAAGCAGGCCCUACAGUGCUGCCUGCAUCGCCCAGCAUUAGAACCAUUACUGCAUGCUGCUCCUGCAUGCAUCCUUAAAUAUGUACUUGCACAGUAUGCUAAGAUUUUACCUAAUGAUGCAAGAGCUCGAAGAUUAUUUGUAACGACAGGUGCAUUAAAAAGGAUUCAGGAAAUAGACACAGUACCCGGAACAUCACUUAAAGAAUAUAUUAAUAUCAUAAACAGUUGUUUCCCAGAAGAAAUUGUAAGAUACUACACACCAGGUUACUCAGAUUCUCUGCUGGAUCGGGUGGAAGCAUACACACCACAGAUACCGGAACUGUUUACGGAUAGAGUACCCAGCGACUGUCAAAGCGAACUAACAAUUGAGAAUGGAAAUUGA